GCUGUUUUACUUCUAUUCUCCACGUGCGGCUGUUCAUCGUUUUUAUUUUGCUUGUUAGAAACUUUGUUUUUUUAGUAGAUAAUAAAUAAUAAGCUAUUGCAAAAUGCCGCCGGUUAAAAAGCCAAAACCUAAUCAGAUUAGAAGGCCCGACACUCCAAUCAAAAAAGCCGAUCAAAAGAUAGCUGUAAUUUCAGGACAGCUGAAGAAACGACUUCCGAAAGCCAAGAACGAAGCCAAGCGUCCGGAACGUGGCGUCGUCUUGGUUAAGCAUUUGCCCCAUGGAUUCUUUGAGCAACAGUUGCGUCAAUAUUUCCGACAAUUUGGCAAUGUGACCCGCUUGCGUUUGGCACGUUCGGAACGCACGGGCGGCAGCAAAGGAUUCGCUUUCGUAGAGUUCGAGUAUCCGGAAGUGGCCAAAGUGGCCGCCGAUACCAUGGACAAUUAUCUAAUGUUCCAGAAGGUGGUGAAGGCCACUUAUAUACCUCCGGAGAAGCAAAAUUUCAACUACUUUAAAACCUCAGUAAAGCGUGUUAAAAAUAAGGCUGGCAAAGACAUCUAUGUGUCGUCAGUGACCAAAGCCACACAGAAGAGUGUAAAGAAGCUGAACAACUGGAAUGAAACCACCUGCCAGAAACGCACCGUGGCUGGAAUGAGGAAACUCAAGGAAUUGCAAAAGAAAUAUAAACAUUUGGGCAUUGAUUUCAAAACAUUGUUGGUUGAGCCACAACAGAAAUCCAAGGAAGAUAAGCCCACAACUGCCAAGAAGUCGAAGAAGCAAAAGGAGCUGGAGCUUGAGGAUUUGUUGGGCAACACCAUUAACGAUGACUCUGAAGACGAAGAUUAUGUGGAUGAUGAAGAUGAGGAUGAGAAUGCAGAUGAGACGCUGCUGAGCGUUGAAAGCGCUGAAGAGGAUGAGAACGACGAUGAUGAUGAAGAUGACGAAGAAGAGGAGGAGGAAGAAGUGGCAUCGCCGCCACCCAAAAAGUCGCAAAAGAAAAAGAAAAAUACGGCCGAGGAGCGUUUGAGUGAUCUGCUCAAGCGCAAACCCGGCUCGGGUGGCGUGCAAAAAAAGAAGGCUUCUGCCCCCGCUGCUAAAGUGAAUAAAAAGGCUGCCACACAACCGCUGAAACUUGCGGCAGCCAAGCAAUUGGCCAAACCGCUGCAGAAAGUGGGCAAGAAGCUAAAGAAGAAGUAAUUAUAUAUAUAUUCUCUUACAUUAAGACAUUAAACAUUUGUAAAUCGUAAA